AUGGACGAACUGUCAGGUUUACCGAAGCAUCUCCAGUUCCUGAGUGAUCAGUCCCAAGUUUUGAAGGAACUAAACAGUGACCUAGAUACUAAUCCUAUUACAGAUCUAUACACCAGCUAUACCAGGCACCUGAAAACAGGUUUUAACAGAGAUCAGUCCAGCAGGUCGACCUGGGACCAAGAGACUGACUCCAGCAAGGUUCUAAACACAAGACUUGAUGUUGGAGGAAGAGAAACUAGAGAUACAUAUCAACGGUUCCGAACCCAGCUCUUUACUCCACAAACCAAACAUCAGGGGUUCAAACAACGAAACAAUCGACAUUUCAAACAAAAUGUCCACGGAGAAGAGAGAAGGGACGGAGCUGGCAGGAGGGGGAAGAGAUUGUCUCUCUUGGACAGAAUGAGAAACCUUCUCUACCCACCCGCCCCUAGAGAAGAGUAUAGGAGACAUCAAGACCAACAAUUCCAGGCUCCGGUGUUCCGUCUGGUCACUCAUCCCCCCACUGUCAGAUCCAUCCCACACACACAUAGAAUCAGGGUUCAACCCAACCUUAUCCAACCAAACAUUCAGAAACAUCAUCAACCCAACCUACCUCCUCCAACUCUUCAUCAUCAACCCAACCUACCUCCUCCAACUCUUCAUCAUCAACCCAACCUACCCGCUUCAGCUUUUCUUCAUCAAAAAAACCAACCCCCUCAUACCUUCCAUCAUCAACCUAACCUACCCCCUCCCACAGUACAUCAACCAAAUCAUCAUAAUCAACCACAUACUAAACGCAACCACUUAAACAGUAUUAAAACACAGUCUAACCAGGAAAUAAAACAUAAAAACCAUGCAUCGACCUUUCAAAACCCUUCCCAUACUUACCAACCCCUCGAGUUCCAACCCUCUCAGACAGAUGGAGAAAACACACAGUUUUUAGAUUCGGAUUUUGAUCUAAAAGUUCAAAAUCCGUCCGUGAGACAAGUAUCUAUAAAUAGUUUCAGUUCUUCCACUGGAGGUUCAAGGUUCUAUACAGAAUCUACUGGAGCUGGAGAGCAGGCAGUAGUUCUAGAUCUUGUCGGUACAACAGGGGGGUUUAAUCCUCCUAAUCCUGAUGAGAUUAUUAUCAUCAGUAAACCUGAGAAUGAGAAUGAGAACGUAUCUGAUGAUGUUGCGCGUUUUAAAGUUCUUGAGCCAAUUAUUUCCGUAAAAUCUGAACCUAUCAUCCAGAAAGUUGAAGAAAAUUUCAAAGAUGAUUUUGAACAAGAUAUGCCAGAGUACAAAGAGGAUAAGGUUACAUUCAGUACAUAUGAAUCUCAGCAGCUUUUACAGAACCCGGAGCCGGAGCAAGAACCCAUCCAGGAGAUUAUUGAAUCAACAACUAUUCUGCCAGUGGUAGAAGAAACUACUCCUUACAUUAAUACUUUCCGUCCUAUCACACCCAAACAAUAUAUCCCUAAAUCAUCAGCUCAGACUGAAUCUAGAAAUCCGAUCUAUCCUAGUCCUUCAAGGUCGGAGAAUAUCCAGGUUGCAGAAAUUAAGAGCAUGUCGAGGGAAGAGUUUGAGGAGAGUAUAAACCAGGUUCUGGAGAAGGAUCGUUAUGUAUCCGAGGGUUAUGAAGAACUACUGGAGGAGAAGAUUGCUGAAAUACAGCGUCAAGCUGAUCUACUAGAGGAGAAAUACUGGGGUGGAAGGAAGGAUUACGAAAUAUAGAUUAUAUAACAGAGUCAAGACUAAGAAAACUCUCAACCUUCUCCUAAUGUUGGAUUUUAAAAACAAUAAUUAAAAAUAUGAUUACUCAGAUAAAGAAGAAAAGACAUUGAUACAAACAUGCCUAGACGAACACAAGGGGUUUUAGUGUGUUUUCCCACGCGAGAUAUUGGAGACUUUAACGACAUUUAAUAUUUGUAAAGACUAAGUGAAGGUUGAACACGGAGAAAUUAACCAAACGUGACAAAUCUCCGAAAGUACCAAAAAUAUCAAAAUUAUUACUAGUUUCAUCAUUUUAGACAAAAACGUUAUCCUCUUCCCGCGCUCCUCCUUCUCUUCCAUAUUUAUUUUUAUUUAUUUAUUGUCGCGUGUGCCAUUGUUUUCAUUUAAUAAGUAGUCGCACUAAUGUCAAGGUUUAUGUCACAGUUAUUCUUAUAUUUUGCAAAAGUAUGUACGGAUAAUUUUGCACGAUGAUAUCCUUGGAUUAUGCAGAAUAUUUCUGAAUAUUUAGUCCUCUCAUGCUGGUCCUAACCCUGGUGUAAGAUUAUCCUUUUCAAUUUCCAUUUUGGUCAUUCAGUUUUUUCACCCGGAAAGGAAUUGAGUCUUUGGCACAAACUCUGAUUUCAAUGCCCUACAUUUUUGCAAACAAAUGUCGUAGACCUUGGCUAUUUCAAACUAUGAAUUCUGUUAGAUCAAAUAAUCUAAGUUAGAAAUAUCAAACGUUUACACCAUCAGUUUGCAAAGAUAUAGGGAUAAGAAAAUUUCAGUUUGUGACAAAUCUAAGGCUUAAUUUCCUUAGAAAAACUUUUUACGGUUUUUUUACAUUCCUUAACUUUUCCAGGGAAAUCAGUGUUUAGAUUAAAUAAAUGUAAUUAAGGUUUUUUUUGUUUGUAUCAAAAUGACUUUAAAAAACUAGUUACAAUUUUUAUUAUUAUUGUAAUCUCAAACUUGUUGUUGUCACCUUGUUUAGUCCUUGUACUAGUCUCUUAUACACAAAUUAUGUUAUCAUGCUAAAUCUAAUA